AUGCCAAUUGAACUGCAGAUUUCUGAUGCUGGGAAGAACACAUGUUUCACAAAAGGAGAAGAACAGGAAGCAGCAAAGAAAGAAUUCAUUGAAUGCCUCAUGGUGUUGGAAGCUGAGCUUGGCGACAAGCCAUAUUUUGGGGGUGAGACCUUCAGGUUUGUCAACAUCGCCCCCAUUCCCUUCUACAGUUGGUUUUAUGCUUUUGAGACCUGUGGCAAUUUCGGCAUAAAGGAGGAGUGCCCCAAAUUGAUUGCAUGGGCUAAAAGACUUGCAAGGCUGAGUGAUUCUCAUCUAAUUGGCAACAUAGUGUUCCAAUGGCGCAUCUUAUAG